GCGGAGCCGUUUCGCUCCGCCGAGCCGGAGCCAUGGAGGCGGGCGGAGGAGGGAGGCCGAGCCGCGGCGCCCCCGCGAGCCCGCCGCGGGUGCUGAUCGUGGGCGCGGGGGUGGCGGGGCUGGGCGCCGCGCUGCGCCUCCGCCGCGCCUCCCGGCGCUUCGCCGACCUGCGCCUCUUGGAGGCCUCGGGCAGAGUCGGCGGACGCAUCCGCUCCGCGAAGCUCGGAAACAAGGUGGUUGAGAUGGGUGCCCACUGGAUCCACGGGCCCUCCAGGGAGAACCCUGUCUUCCGGUUGGCAGGGGAAUACGGGCUGCUGGAUGAGGGUGCCAUGUCUGAAGAGAACCAGCAGGUGGACAUCGGGGGGCAUCUGGUGCUGCCGUCUGUCUGCUACUCCAGUCAGGGCCAGGUGGUCAGUCCUGGCCUGCUGGACUCCAUGGGAGUCCUCUUCUUGACCCUCUUAGAAGAAACUCGCGGGUUCCUGCAUGCAGCUGAUGUGCCAGUGCCCAGCGUGGGCGAGUACCUGAAAGAGGCAAUCGCUCAGCAGGUGAAGGAAUGGUCUGAGGAUGAGGCUACAAAGCGCCUGAAGCUGGCCAUCCUCAACAUGUACCUCAAAGUGGAAUGCUGCGUGAGUGGGACCCAUAGCAUGGACCUGGUGGCCUUGGGUCCUUUUGGGGAGUAUGCAACGCUCCCUGGACUGGACUGCACCUUCCCCAACGGCUAUGAAGGCCUCACAGAGCGUAUGAGAGCGUUGCUUCCUGAAGAUUGUGUGCUGUUCAAUAAAGUGGUGACAACAGUUCGUUGGGGGGGCUCCUUUGUGGAGCCUAUCACAGGCCGGCUCUUCCCCGUGCAAGUGGAGUGUGAAGACCGUGAGACCUUCUUGGCGGAUCACGUCCUCCUCACCAUCCCUUUAGGUGUCCUCAAAGAACAGCAGGAGGCCCUUUUCUGUCCUCCACUUCCACCCCAGAAGGUGGCAGCAAUCAGACACUUGGGCUUUGGGACCAACAACAAAAUCUUCCUGGAAUUUGAGCGGCCGUUCUGGGAGCCAGACUGUCAAGUAGUUGAGAUGGUGUGGGAGGCAGAAUCGCCUCUGGCUGAGCCCCCUGCUGAUUUGCCGGCUGCCUGGUUCCAAAAGAUCGGGGCCUUCGUCGUUCUCCACCCACCAGAGAGGUACGGGCACAUCCUCUGCGGUUUCAUUGCUGGGAAAGAAGCUGAAUUCAUGGAAACCCUCACGGAUGCGGAGGUUCUCGCAGACUUAACGCAAGUCUUUCGCAGAGUGACGGGAAAUCCGCAACUGGCCCCUCCAAAGAACAUUCUGAGGUCCAGCUGGCACAGCGAACCCUACACCAGAGGCUCGUACAGCUACGUGGCCGUUGGGAGCUGUGGCGACGACAUCGAUGCUCUGGCUCGGCCGCUUCCUGAGGAAGGUUCAGAUCUCAAGCCGUCACAGAUCCUCUUUGCAGGAGAAGCCACGCACCGGACUUUUUAUUCUACUACUCACGGAGCCUUAUUGUCCGGCUGGAGAGAAGCAGAUCGUCUCAUCCAUCUCUACGAUGGCUCUGAAUCCCAACGGUGCGCUCCUAAGCUGUGAGCCUGUGGCUGUCAGCAAAGCCAAUCCUGUUCCCAUUUUAGUGACUGGAGGCGACACGUUGGAGCAGGUCCCACCUUGCAACCUUUGGAUCAGUCUGCUGGGCAGACUGUCUUCUUGAGCCCAUUGCAGGCAUGCUGGUGCCAAAGGGCUUCUAACACUUUUCCCGUGUGCAACAGAAAGCCUUCAGAAUAAAUAAUAAACCUCUGGCAA